CAGCGAGUUUAUAUUUACUGUUGCAAAUACAACAAAAACCAAGACUAAUAGAGACACUUCAUACAAAAAUGAACAACACCAGUUGCUAUAACUCGAAGCCGCUGCACGACGUUCCAAGAUCAGUCGAUGUUUACCUCAACGUAGCUGCAGCUGUCAUCCUCAUCCUUUCCGUGGCUGCGAAUACAUUAGUUUUACGUGGAAUCUACCUAACUCRCUGCAAGCCUAUCAGUUACAUCCUAAUCACUAACAUUGCUUUGGCUGAGCUUAUUGGUUCAUUAGUCGCCCCCUUUCGGCUUUACUMCUUCACGAGCCCUUGGCACUGGAUGCUUGGUAUGGUCAUGUGCCGUCUGAUAUUUUCAGCAARUAUUUGUUGUUCAAUCGUGGUAUCUUCGAGCCUUGCAACUUUCUCAAUUUACAGCUGUUUCAUAUUAAGAAAGCCCAAUACAGCCAAGUUGAGAAGAGCUGUGCAUGUCUCAGUAUUCAUAUCAUGGCUAUGGGGACUUGCACUUUCCCUUCCAUUCUCAGUUGUGGCAAAAAUUGAAGCCUACCCUCUGUGUAAAGGCGGAGAGYAUGUAUUGUGUCGUUUUSAGGGCUAURACAAGUCCAUCCAAAUAUAURUCGGCAUUGCGACGUUUGUAUCCCGGCUGUUGGUCCCUUUUGCAGUGACGAUCUUAUCAUAUGGGGUACUACUCGUGAAGAUCAAAAAUCUUAUCGGCAAAUCACAAGGUUAUAUCGUAAGCCAAGAAUCAACAGGGCGUGUACYUGCCAUCGAAAACCACGAAGAUCAAAACAUCCAACAAGAUCCUACUAAGGACAGACAUGCUGAAGGGCAGCAGGAGCAACAAGAGGAGCAAAAAGAGGACGGGACGACCAACGAACCACUCCCCAUCAUAAACGAGCUGGAGAAUAAGCUACGAAGAAUCAUCUACUGGAUGGUGAUUAUCUAUCUUGCUUGCUACGCGCCUGAACACUUUGCAUUCCUCUCGUGGCGCUUUGAUUGGUUCGUAGUCGGAAACAAGAUGGUCUUUCGCAAGCAUACGGUGGUYUUAAUGCUCRUUCCCAAGCUCUUGCAUCCAAUUUGCUUUGGAUGGGCAGCAGGGAUCAUACAGAGAAAUUUUAACGCUGCCUCUCAGUGACUGAAUUAUGUUUGCUUGGCAUAAAAGCCAACAUGUGUCUCCAUUAGAAAGGAGUUUAUAACCGGGAUAUAAUUCUAUUGCUUAUGGCUGCUUCUUACGGACCAGAUCAGCUUAUAUCUCUAAAUAUUAGGAAGACCAAAACAAUUAACUCAGAGGUUAAAGAAAAAUUUAAUAGAUUAAAUGCGAUUACAUGUUUUUUAGACUUAUUAAUUUGUGCCAACCAUAACACUGAAGGAGGCAUUAAGGUUAGGUCUGUUGUCUGUAUCUUUGGAUCAUAAACUAUUUAUCUGUGGCUUAGUUAAUUGCUUAUAAUUGAAAAAAUAAACUGGAAUCACUAAGACGUUUUUACUGUAAAACUAUAUGAUCUAAUUGAAUUUAAAUGAAAUUCAAAUCUAACUCAAUUCAAAUGAAUAUCUAUUACAAUUUGAAAAAAAUUAUCUAGCGAAUUUGAUYAUAGUUACAAAUGCGGAAUAAUCUGAUACUAUACUAGACAUGCCGCACAAUUACAGUAGCUUUGGCACUAAUUUACAAGUAAACUUUCAGUUAAAUCAGCAAAUGUUUCAAUCACAUACUUCUGUGUAUACGAUGCUAAGCCCCGAGGGUAUAGUAUGUUCUAUUAGAAUGCUUUCCCAUAAAAUAUUUUUAUAUUGAUAAUAUGCUAAUGAACUUUGGACAAGGAUAAGUAAGGAUUGAAAUUACUCCAAAAAGGAAAAAUUGCAAUGUUUAAAAAAAUGGCUUUUUGUGAUUUUUUUUUAAAGUUUAGUUGUGUUUUCUGCUAUGAUUUCACGUCAGCCAGCUUCGCUUAGUUCUUGAUUUUACUUUCAUUGUAGCUCUUUUCAGCCAUAAAAAGUGGUUCAUGCUGCAAAUGAUCAGAACUUUAAUUUCAACUUGAAUGGACCUAAUCGGCUUCAACUCAAUUCAAACGACGCGGGAGUAAGUUUCAUUGUUCGUCGUAUUUUCAUUUCACAGUUGUAUUCUUAAAAAUAAAAGUUCUUUUUCCCACAGGAUUUGAAUUGGGUGGCAACGUACAUAGCAACGUCGUUAGCCGAUUAGGUCUAUUAUGUUGUUAAGGAAAUAGGUUGUUCUUUCGUAUUGUGACCAUAGCAUAGUAUUUUACUUAUCAUAUAAAAACGUGCUACGUGAAUUGCCCUAUUA